AUGGCUGGUACGAUGGGUCAAGGCACAGAGGAAAGGAAAGCUAGGAUGGAACCUGAGCCGCCGAUGCCAUCCCUCUCCCGGGGACAACAGGCCGUCUCUGGCUCUGGACUCGGCCGAGUAUCGCCCACCGCUCGCCUGGCCGACGAAGUCAAUGAAAACUCGCCUCUACUCAGCAGCAAUGAAUCAGACUCUGGCGAUGCAGUUAGAUCAACAAGAGCUCCAAGGCCGGCGGCCGACGAAACCCAAGAAACCAAAGGACUAUGGUACAUGGUCAUGCUCACAAUCAGCAUUGCUGGCCUUCAGCUGGCAUGGGCAGUUGAACUGUCCAACGGCUCACCGUAUUUACUCUCUCUUGGACUAAGCAAGUCACUCAUGGCGUUGGUAUGGAUUGCUGGCCCGUUGACGGGCACACUCGUUGUACCGUACGUUGGCGUGGUGAGUGACAACUGCCGUUCGAGAUGGGGGAAGCGUCGACCAUUCAUGAUAGGUGGCACCAUCGCGACAAUCAUUGGGCUUUUGUUUCUUGCCUGGACGCGAGAAAUUGUCGGGGGUAUAUUGGGAAUAUUCGGCGCGGACCCGAAGUCGGAAGGAGUAAAAGUCGUCACCAUCAUCGCUGCCGUGAUUGGCAUAUACGUGCUAGACAUUGCUAUCAAUACCGUCCAAGCAGCGAUCCGCGCCUUCAUCGUGGACUGUGCACCGGCACAUCAACAAGAAGAGGCAAAUUCCAUGGCGAGUCGUGUUACUGGCAUCGGAAACAUUGCGGGCUACAUAGCCGGAUACGUCAAUCUACCCACGUACUUAUGGUUUCUCGGUAGCAACCAGUUCAAGAUUCUUUGCGCCGUUGCUAGUAUCGGCUUGGCAAUUACGAUUGCGUUGAGUACGGCCGUUAUUCACGAGAGGGAUCCUCGAGCGGAUGGAUCCCGCAUAAAGAAGACACCAAACAUUGUCUCCUUCGUCUUCAACAUUGUCAAGUCGAUUAAGCGCUUGCCACCACAGACGAAACGAGUUUGCGAAGUCCAGUUUUGCGCUUGGGUCGGAUUCUUCCCAUUGUUGUUUUAUACGUCUUCUUACAUUGGAGAGAUUUAUAUUCAACCGUUUUUGGAAGAGAACCCCAAUAUGACACCGGAAGAGCUCGAUGUGCUAUAUGAGCAAGCCACUCGCAUAGGGACAUUUGCGUUACUGGUAAACGCCAUUGUCAGCUUACUCACAAACGUAUUCCUACCAUUCUUUAUUGCACCAACAUUCGACAGUCAACCGGUUUCCUUUAACGACCACACUGGCCAGCUCGCCACGGCCAAGACAACUGGAUUGCCUCGGCGGUCAUAUCUGGACUGUUUGAGAAUCCCAGGCUUCACCCUAAAACGGGCCUGGCUCGGAUCAUUGUUGCUGUUCGCCAUUUCAAUGUUCUGUACAGUGCUCGUGCGUUCCACUGGCGCCGCCACGGUGCUGAUAGGACUGGCUGGUAUCACUUGGGCCAUGACUCUCUGGGCUCCCUGGGCCAUCAUCAGUGCUGAGAUUAGUCGACGCGAUGUCGUUGCUCGGGCCAAGAAGCUUCAAAACAUGGCGCCUUAUGGGCACAAUGCGCCAGAUGCGCCAUCGUCCAGUGGAAAUUCGCAAGAAAUGGACGCUGAAUUGGCCGAGGAAGAAGAAGAGGUGGACCAGGCCGGCGUGAUUCUGGGUAUUCAUAACAUGGCCAUUGCAGUUCCCCAAAUCAUCGCCACUCUGGGAUCAAGCGUCGUGUUUAAAUUCCUACAAAAACCACGGGGGACACCAGGUGAUCAUAGUUUUGCCAUUGUCAUGGCUCUGGGAGGUGUAUUUGUGCUCGGGUCUUGCAUUUUCGCCAUGAGAAUUCAAGACGACCCGAAAGCGACAGAGGCGGCUGUUGUUGACGAGGCCCGGGGCGCGUUGCUGGCUGAUGAAGCCGCAGAGAAUUAG